AUGGCCUCAUCGAAAUCACAUAAGUUGUCUGUAUCCUCGCCAGCGAAGGGAGCUUCGACACCGCCGUUGAAGCAAGGCGUCCUUGGUUUCAAUGCUGCCAAACGUGCAGCAUCUUCCGGAUUCUCAAAAAGGGACGCUCGACCGUCGACCAAGCGAACGCUCUCGUCUACUGCUAGCUCAGACAAGUCCAAUGCUAUCGAAAUCUCUAGCGACAGCAGCGAUGAGGAUGAUCACAACGCUCAGAAUAGUGGAGAAAACAGGGAAACAGAGUCCCAAUCCACGGUCAGCCGCACAAAUGCCAGCAGAAAGUUAGGCACCGUGGGUCCUUUUGGCCGUGAAGGUGAGCCUGUGUCGAAGAAGAGACGCGCCGUGAAGGGUGUCUUUGACUCGAGAGAUGGGACCGAAAAUAUCGAAGCCGCGGAGAGCACACCAUCUGAGGAGGCCAAAGUCAAGCACCUCACUGUAGACGAUGACAAGAGCAGCUUGGAUCUCAAAGACAGGUCGGGAAGGUGGAGGAAACACUACGGAAUAGUCAGAGAGAAGAUGGGUAACAUAGAGCCGGCCUUCAUCAAACUAUUCAUUGACGUCCUCACCUCGCGGGCUCGGGUCUCGUCUGCGCUAAAAUUGGGACUAACAACACUGCAUGCGUCUUCAGUGCAUGCGCAUGGGCAAAACAUGGUGGAUCACAUACUGAGAGUCUUCGAUCUGUCAUAUGAGUAUGGUCCGUGCAUAGGGGUCACUCGCCUUGAACGAUGGGAGCGUGCUGAAACACUCGGCCUCAAGCCCCCUCCCGAGGUGAAGGAGAUCUUGCUCACCAAGGAGGGCAGCGAGGAUGCCCGGUAUUCCGAAUGCGUCUUCUACGGCGAGGUCUAG